AUGUGGACAGACGGAAGGUGGACUAAACACCAACCAGCGCGGCAGAUGAGAUAUACGUCAGUUUGUUUACGUCGUUGACGUGGUGCGUGAGGUGAGCGUGAGGUGAGGUGAGCGUAAGGUGAGCGUGAGGUGGACAGAUGGAAGGUGGUCUAAACACCAACCAGCGCGGCAGAUGACAUAAACAUCAGUUUGUUUACGUCGUUGAUGUGGCGGCAAAAGGAAAACAUGGAGUCCGGUGUGGACCGCGGACCAGAUGUGGAAUGUGUCGUUAACCGUUGGACGGUGGAUUAUUAUAUAUCUGUGGCGUUGGAGGCUUUCAGGAAUGAACAGUAUCCUGAUUUCUGUCAGAUCAGAGACAUCCUUCAAUGUCAUCUGGUUCGGCCGUUGGAAGCCAACGAUGUCACACCCAAGAAGAUCAGAGCAAUACAGUUCCUCACCAGGAUAAAUGAUGGUGACAAACUCGACGUCUCUUUUGACUCGCAGGAGGACCUCACGGCGCUGGAGUCUGCUCUGAGCGUAUUGGAUAGCAUCCGCGAGGAGUUGCCGGUUCCCCAGAAAGACUUGGAGAGAGUACAUAAGUGUAUCAGAGAGAUGGCUGCCGGAAAGUUGAUGGUGAAGAGACAGGGGGCAGGACAGGAUGCAGAGGAAGGAGACUGUCCCUCAGACCCUCAGCCAGAGGAUCACCUUGUACCGACAACAGAGGAGAAGGCAUCCAGACACAAACCCAGUCCUCCCAGUAGUCUAAACUGCCUGACUCGCUCUCCCUCCAGUGUUCCCAGUCCCCCUCCUGGUGGUGUCCAGCUGACCCGCAGCCAGCUGAUGGCCGUUUAUACAGCCCUGGCCGAGGAGCAGAGGGAGCCCGUGACCUUUGCCGAGCUGGAAGUGGAAAGGGAGGUGAAGGAGGAGAACGCAGGAAAAGGAAGUGCUGUUGUGGACCAAGAGUUACCUCUCCUGCACCUCUCCGAAAGCCCCAGAUGUGGACAGCAGAGGAGACCGAGUGGGUGAAGGAGGGAGUGAAGCGAUACGGAGGGGAACUGGUCCAGAGUGAAGUUUUCUUUCCCGUCGAACCGCCGGGAACAUCAAGGAUCGGUGGAGAACCAUGAAAAAACUCAAGAUGGUCUGACGCCACCAAACUGGCAGGGACUAACUUGUCCAAUAAGAAAUGCUCCGUUUCGCUAUGGGGGUGCAGUAACGAAUUCGAUGCUGGAGAGCCUCUGAGCUACGCAAGAGAACGAUGACAUUAUCCAGUUGUGAGAAUUGAUGUAGACUUUAACGGUUUUCUUUCCACAAAAGAUAAUUAUUUGCCCGCUGCACAUCUGUCAACAAUGAGGACAGGAAGCUAAAGAUGGUCUGAGGACCUUUGGACUAAGCUAAAUGUUGAUUCUGCCAUUUAAAAAAAAAAAGUGUUUAUAGAAGUAUUUUAUUUUAUCACUUGUCUUUCUUGGUAGAAUAAAAGACUUCUCUUAUA